GCGGCAACCUGGCCAAACAUUGACAAUUCUAACCUAGCAAACCUCUGACAUUUGGCCGAUUAAAAGAUCAUUAAAACUAUUUAAUUGAAUCGUGCCCAUUGCAAAUUCGGCGACCCACAUUUCCACGUCAAACGAGCUGUUGGCUUCAGCUUUCACCGAUUUACUCCACAUUCAUUUUCAUACGAUCCAUCUGGAGCCAUGAAGGACGUUAUUGAUGUUAUGGAGCUGCAGCGUGAGAAGUCCCGACGAACCACCACAGUGGAUUAUAGACAGUUGGACUUCAAAGGGGGCUUUACCCCAGCAAGCUUUAUUUUUGAGUGUGGGAAGAAGCUGAAUGGGCAGCCACUGACUUUGGCCACAGCCGCUGUUAUUAUGCACCGAUUCUUCAAGGAAGUCGACCCGAUGGGCUAUGAUUUGUUUCUGAUUGCUUCUUCGUCCUUGUACCUGGCUGGGAAGGUGAAAGACGAUCCACUGAAGAUCCGGGACAUCAUCAAUGUGUCCCACAACACCCUGCAUAGGGGCUCCAGUCCUUUGGAGAUCGGAGACGAAUACUGGAAUAUGCGGGACGCCAUCGUGCAAGCGGAGCUGCUUAUAAUGCGCGUGCUGAAGUUCGAAGUUGGCACUGUGCACCCCCAUAAGUACAUGCUCCAUUACCUGAAGAGCAUGGAAGGCUGGCUGGGCAAGGACACAUGGGAAACUGUUCCUGUUUCCAAAUUGGCGGCCGCAUUUCUCCAAGACUUCCAUAUGGACCCGGCCGUACUGGAUUACGCUCCCCAGCACAUUGCUGUCGCCUGCAUCUCACUCGCUCUGCAAUGUUACGGCGUACAGUUGCCAUUAAUGGAAGAUCUGGACGACGAGGCCUGGUACGCGGUCUUCGUCAAGGAUCUGCAAAAAGAUAAACACUGGGAAAUAAUGGAGAAGAUCAUGGAGGUGUUCAAUAAGGAGAUCAGUAGCCAUUGAUUGAAUGUGAUUUUACAGGUGCAUUGUUUCAGUUUUUUCCAGACGUACCACUUUGGGCCCGACUCUUGCAACAAUGCACUUGAUGUCUUUUUUGUAAUUUUGAACUGAUUUUAGCUAUUUGGCAUCGGUACCAAGUCAUUAGCGGACUUGGUACAGCCUUCAAUAAAUAGCUGGGCGGUCUGCCUACUUUGAUAAUAGGAAGGUACAUUUUGUAAGGAUUUUUUUGUAUUACUAGGCUUUGAAACAUUCGCCCACCUGCGUUUUUCAAUACCAUCGACAUUGAAACA